AUGCGGAAGAACACAGAUGCGCAAGUAAAGCAGCAAGCAGCUGUGCAAUCCCUACAAAGCGAACUGGAAAAGGAGCGGGAGUGGCGCCGGCAGCUUCAGGAUGAGCUUCUCAGUUUUCGCCUUCGCCUAAGCAAGUACGAAUCGAGGUUUGCCUUCAUUGACGAGACGGUGAAACCAAAACUUUCCAAUGACAUUGCGCAACUCGAGCAGAAGAUCUCGGAGCGCAAAAGGCAAGAAGAUUUGGAGCAACAACGACGAGCGGUGUUUAUGUUGGAAAUCCAAAAAAGGCUCCAGAGCGUCAUCACUGAGAAGGACUUAAUGUCUCUCCCUACUUUUUCCUAG